GUUUGGGGCCAUCAGCAGGAAGCAGGAUUGUACGAUUUCUUAACUAAUUAAUUAUGUGAGCAAACCAACAAAGAAAGCCCUAAAACAAAGCAACAACAUCAACAACAACAACCCCAACAACAAGAAAACCAAUUCAACGAAGCAAACGAAUUUCCAUUAAAAAAUGUCCAAUUCCAAGGUUAUUGUGCAAAAACAACAAUAAUAAUAAAUAAAUAUAUUAAAACGUAAAUGAUAUUAAAUAUAAUAAAUAUAUAACAAAUGUUAAUACUAUGAAAACGACAACUAAAACCGCGAUUCGCUCUAACGGGAAUCAAUAUUCGCAGGCUGGCCAGUGAGUUGCUGGCAAGGAACGGGGAUUCAGGCCGGGAUUCAUGCCGCUGGAUGCAGGGCAGCCACUGAAGCUGAAGCUGGAGCGGCUCAGGCGGGUACAGAGCAACGGGAAUUGGGAGUGGAACAGGAACCCAAACCCGUACCGGUUAAGGAACAGGAACAGGAACUGGGCCAGGCAGCUGACGGAUCGGACCGGACCGGAGAGAGCGACGCUCCAAGAAGUCCGCCCAACAAGUCCGCCGCCAACACUACCGAUGAUGAUGGGGCCAUGAGCCCGUCAUUACUCGCAUUGAAUUGGAGUCGCAAGCGCGUCUCAAGCGGGCCUGCACCAUGCUAGCACCGCCGAACCCGAGGUCAAUAUGCGGCCAGGACCCGGGCUGGUCGUGAUGGCGCUUGCGUUUAUUUCGGGGGCUCGGCGAGGCAGCAGCAGCGGCAUCAGCUCAGCGACAGCGACACCGACACCGACAUCCACAGCGGCAGGCGACGGCGGGAGCAGAGGGGCAGAGGGCAGGGGCAACGACCGAGGAGGCGGCAUCGCUAGAGGUGAAGGCUCAACCACGUUACCGUCCACUGGCGAGUCCUCGUCAUUCGUUCGCAGCUCUGGCUCGUACCUGCUGCCCAUCUUCCUGCCCCACCAUCUCGACUUGGCGCUCCAGUUUGGGCCACGUUUGCCGCCCGGCAAUUACCACCACCAGCAGCAGCACCAGCACGACCACGCCCGCACCGAGUCCUGGAUAUCGUCGAGGAUUGCGGACAGGCGACAGCGGCGGCGGCGACGAGAUAGUAGCAGUAGCAGCAGGGAUAUAGCAGGUCGGGCGGGCGGAACAGAGACAGUGACAGGAACUGGGAUAGGGACAGGGAUAGCAGCCAGCAAGGGAUCGGGCACAGCGGCAGUCACAGCGGGCACAGCGGAGUCCAGCGAGGAGGAGCAGGAGGAGGAUCGCGAUCCGGGACUGCCGGUGCAGUUUCCCUCGUCGCAGGCCUUCGACGAGGACGAGGAUAUCUUCGCCCUGGUGGCCGAGGACGAUCUGCUGUCCGAGGAGUCCUUUGAUCGUCUGAUCAAGCUUAACGAAGACAUUGACGAGGAGGAUUACAAGCAGCAGCAGCAGCAGCCGCAGCCCGUGGAGGAAACGGAAACGGAAAUAGAAACAGAGCCAGAGCCAGAGCCAGAGCCAGAGCGAGAGCGAGAGAGCGAAACGGAAACAGAGACGGAAACGGAAAGAGAAGCAGAAGCGGAUACCGAAACCGAAACGGAGCAGCAGCAGCAGGACGAGAGUCGGCUGAUUGAUGAAGGAGUCCUGCAGCAUACCGACAACAGCCACAGCCACUCGCCGGAGUCCGCCAACAGCUACGAUAAUAACAAUAACAAACGAGAGGCCAGCGGCCGCAUCCUUGAUGCCCAGACGGCCCAGCUGAUCGGACACAAGGAUAGCAGCCUGUCAGCCGUGGCCACCACCGAGUCAGCAGGCGCCAUCAGCAGCGGUAGCAGCACCACCACAACCUUGCCAGCACCCGUGGACCUAAAGAAGUCCAUACUCGGCACAGCGAGCUCGUUAACACGCCUUAAUCCUUGGAUAUCAGCCUGUGAUCUGGCACAGCCGGGCACAGCAACCGACUUGCAGGGUCAGUGCUCGGCUGGUACACUGCCCAUGGCCUGGGUCGAUGAGGGACCCGGGCCCCCAACCUGCCCGCGAUCCUGCGCCGAGCAGCAGCACCAGAAGCCAGCGGCCUCCAAGGCGAGGCCCCCGAGGAGCGCCUCCAGUAACAAUAAAGUCAAGUAUUUCGUAAACUAUAAAUCGGCCCAGAUGCGUUUACGUCGCGAUAGGGACUACGCGAUGGACGCCACCGAGAGCAAUUCCCCGAUGCCGGCCAGUGAGCGGCCAACCACCACCGACCUGGGCCUGGACGUGGACAUGAAUGUCGAUGGGGACAUGGGCAGUUCAACCUCCAGUGCGUCCAGUGUUACAGAGGAGACAGCGGCAGUGCCGGAAGUGCCGGAGCCAACGUUGUCCUACAGCCAUCUGCAUGCCCAGGAGCAGCUCCAGCUGGACCAGGACCGGGGGGAGGACGAGCAGCAGGAGCAACAACAGUGCCUUGAAUAUCUGGGCGAUUCCGCCGAGUCGAGUCCGCAGCACCUGUGCGACCUUCGGUCACCCGGCCAGCUGGUGGAACGGCUGCGGGCGCUGCGCCUGCGCAACUGCUGCGAGCGGAGCGUGUUCAGUGCCCUGCACACGCUGGCCCUCAAUGCCAGCCUCUCGGAUCGUCGGGAGUGCGCCCGCAUCCUUAGCGACCUGCUGGACGUGGACAACCUGGCGAAUCGCAUCACCUGCGAGCUGGCCGAGAUCCUGUUCCGGUUCGACUGCCGGCAGGUUUACUCGCUGAUCAACCAGUGCGACGACUGCAAGGAAGCAUAUCGUCGCUGGGUCUGCAGUACUCUAGUGCCAUACUUUGCCGAGCCAAAGGACGUUGCGCCAGGACCAGGAGCAGGAGCAGGAGCGGGAGCGGGAGCAGGAGCAGGAUCCUCCGCGGGCAAAAGUAAACGCUCGGCGAGAAGUGCAGCGAGGGGUGAGGUGGCGGCAAUGGCAACGGCAACGGCGACGGAGGCGAAUGGAAUCAAGCAUAAAUCUCUGAAAUUAAUCAGCAAUAACAAUAAAUCAAAUAACGGCAAUAACAUGAACGAGCGUCAGAUUAAUCAGAAGCAUGACAAGAGCUCGAAUGCGAGAGCAAAGGCAACGAGCCAGGACAAUGACCGCCGCCGCAGCAGCAGUAACAGUGUGGAGGAUGCGAUUGGCAGGGACCUGGCCCAGACAUUCUACGAUGUUGUUGGCCUGUCUAACUCACGCCACCAGGGUGAGGAGGAGAUCCUGGGAGUGGCCAUGGGUACGGGCUUGGAUGACGGCAAUGAACCAGAACCAGAGACGGAGGCGGAGGCGCAGGCGGAGACGGAGUCCGAGGCGGACAUGGAGGCUGAGGCCGAACAACAAUCCAAUAAUUUCAUAUCGACUGCCAAUAAUUCGGAUCCCAGAGCCACGGAUCCAGUGAUAUCAAAACUACACAAGAGAUCAACACGCAAGGAGGAGUUCCGUAAGCGCCGCCGUAUCCGGCCCUGCCUGAGCGUCUGCCAAACCGUGGAACAAAAGUGCCCCUACCUGCUGCCCGCCGAUCGCGCUCCAGCGCUGCCCACCCAAUAUGCCGGCGAGCCGACAUUUCUCUGCCUAGAUCAAAACAUACCCGAGACAGGGGCGCAGUUGGAGAAGUCAAGCUACGGUCCCAACGAUUGCUGCUAUAGUUAUUGCAAUGGUCCUAUGUCGGGGAUCUGCACUGUGUGCCAGAAGUUUGCCGCCCCAAGGAUAUCGGAGGAGGAUGCUUCCACUUCGACCAACUCCAGCCGGCGUGUUCAUAACAUCACGCUCUCGCUGAGCUCACAUCCCGGCGAACAUGCCCGGGCCAAGAGCGUGGCUCUGGCUCUAAGGAACGUUAGCCGCACGGGCGGUGAUCCGGAUGCCAUGCAAACCCUGCUCGAUCGCCUGCCGUACUAUGCCCGCCACGAUGGUGUCUUCUACUAUGACGAGGAGGGUGAUAUGCCGCAGGCGCCGCUCUCCGGCGACUGUGCCGCCGUGCCCUCCGUCUCCAGUCGCUGCACAAUACCGUACUAUGCCUCCGGCACAGAGGCCGUGGCGAAUCCGCCCACGCAGCUGCUGGUCUGGCUGAGCGCCCUGCUCGGCCUGCUCAGCAGCUGUGGAGCGGCACGGCAACGCUGGAGCUGUCAGUGGAGCGCAAUGGUCGGUGGUCAUGGCAGCAGGGUGACGACGGGCACGGGUCGUGGUCGCCAGGCGGUGACCUGCGAGGCCAACUGCCAUGAGCAGGAGCUGGUCCGGAGCGGGAUCAGGAAUAGGAGCACCAGGGAGCAGCCUGCCAAGCCGCCCAAGGCCAAGCCAGCGAAGUCUGCCUUGGGACUCUCGAGCGCAUCCCGCAGCUGGUCCUGGUCGUACACGUACAAGAUGACGUGCCGGAAAGUGCGAUACUUCAGUAGCAGGAGCAAGUUCAAAGGCCUGACCAACUACGGCGGGGACGGGGACUCCCGGCCGAGUGCGGUGCGUGUGCGGGUGCAUGUGGAGGAGGAGGGCGGGUGCAUUAGGACUAGGAACUAUCGCUACUUCUACUACUUCAACUACAACAUAAACGAUUGGUGGCGGAGAUGGUGGCGCUGCCUGAGCACCGGCGCCUUAUAGUGCCUGCGAGCGGUAUGCGGCCACCUACACCCCCGGGUGGACGAAGCUAAUACGAACUCUCCCUCUCUCUGUCUCUCUCCUCUAUUUAGCGAAAUACUGAACCGAAACAGAAACAGAAAUAUAAACAAAAAUAAAAAAGAAUCCAUACAAAAAAACCAAAAAUGGCCAAAAACCAAAUACUUAUAUAAUAGCUAAAUCAGAAGCGGAUGCAUAAUACAUAGAUGUGGCAUAAAUGAUGGCAGGAUGGAAAAGGAUAAAGGAUAUGCGUAGCAGACACACAGUAAACACAGACAACCCCCAAUGGAAAUGCGAAUUAAAUGAAACGUAAAACAGAAACCAAUUAAAUAUUUAUGGUCCUCUUUCCAAUGAAAUAAAAACAAAAAAAAC